UAGAUCUUUAAUACAGUAGAAUUGACUAAUUGGAACUCGAUAGUAAUCGUCCACUCAUAGCAACGUCCACUAACUGUCUGUGUAAAAUAAAUUAGAAAAAUUCAAAUAUAUAUAUAGAAUGUUGAUUCAAGACCGAGCAGUUAAUACGUCUUCAAACAACGAAAAAUUUAUGUUUUUGUAGAUCUCUAAUGAUUUUCAACAUUAUUAAUUUAUAUAGAUUUGAUAUAUAUAAAGUUCGCGCUUGCUCGUCUCUUCUAAAACUGUUUUCUACUACGUAUAUUUUUUAUGAACGUAAUAUGGAUAUUAAUAAUUAUAUAUCUAUUAAUAAAAAAGUUUUAAAGUUUGUUGGCCUUUAUCCAAUCUGUAUCGUGAGAUAUAUUAUGUGUUGUGUGUGUAUGAUUACUAUUGUUAUACCGCAAGGAAUGCAAAUUUAUCAGAAUCGGCAGGAUUUAUCUACUGUAUUAGAAACAAGUUCAGUAUUAUUUACUAUUUUACUUGCCCUAUUCAAAUCGCUAGUUUGGGUAAGCAACAGAAGAAAAAUGGAUCCCUUUAUAAAAUACAUGUUAACAGAUUAUUGGGACAUAAUGACAACAUGUAUUUCGGAGAAACACACGGAUGUACAUAUAAUAUGCGUGAAAAAAGCACAUUUGUUUACUAAAGGAUAUUUGUCUAUGAUUUGUCUUUCUUUAACGUUCUUCUUCAGUACACCUAUAAUAGAGAUAUUUAUUAUGGUUAAAAGCACUAACGAUAAUAGUACAAAGCAUUUUCCGUUUUUAGCUUUAUACCCAGAAUCUUAUUAUAAUUUUCCGAUGUACGAGAUCAUUUAUCUCUCGCAAAUGGUAGCGACAAUUUCGUGUGGCCUUGUUAUUUUGGGAACCGAUACUCUAAUUGCGACAGCGUUGUUUCACACAUGUGGUCACUUUAAAGUACUUCAAAAAAAGAUAAAAGAUAUUAACAAUGAAAUUGAUUUCGUACAAGAUGCAUACAUUAAAAAAAAUGUUAUGCAAAAAAUUAAAUUGCAUAUGAUAGAUAUCAUCAAACAUCAUUAUACGAUUAUCUGGUUUUGCGAUUAUAUGGAAACAGUUUUUAGCCGAAUGUUAUUUCUGCAAACAUUGGCUAGCAGUCUCAUAAUAUGUUUAGUAGGUUUUCAAAUUGCAACUGCAAAUAUAACUGUAAGCAUGAUCUCCAAGUUAUUUAAGUACAUCUCGUAUUUAAUAAUGGCUCUUUUUCAAUUACUACUCUUCUGUAUACCCGGUGAUGCUUUGAUAUACGAGAGUUCCAUGAUUUCUAAAAUUGUAUAUACAAUUGCUUGGUACGAAUUGCCAGUUUUAUUUAAAACUGAGAUAUGUCUGCUUAUGUUGCGUAGUCAGAAACCUUGUAAAAUAACCGCAGGAAAAUUCUAUGUAAUGCAUCUAGAGAAUUUCAAUGCGGUAAGUUCGUCUAAUAAAUUAUAUCAAAGUUAUGGGAUUCUAGCGAUAUACAUAGUAAUAAAAAAAAAACUAAUUCUAAUAUUUAUAGGUAUUGAGUACGGCUGCCUCGUACUUCAUGUUGCUCCGCAGUUUUAGCUCGGAUGAAACUACUGUCAAAUUAUAAUCAAAUAAAAUCAUAAAUGUAUAAUUUAGAAAUGUAAUACUGAAAAAAAUCAGAAACACAUUUGAAAAUUGUAGCUCCAGUAUAGUACGAAUAUCGUAUGAAGCCUUUCAAUCGUUGCUCAAUAUUCUUUAUAUGUUCUACAGCCUAAAACAAAUAUAAAUGGAUUAUUCUUGUACCUUUUCUUGCAUAAUUAAUACGAAAAAGUAUUCGUUAUACUUUUUCAUUUGUCUUUUCAGCUGCUUCUCCAGGCUGAUUUCUAUUCCAACUGACGAGCGGAUCAUAGACGAAAGGUGUGAGUACACUCAGUAAUGUACUCGAUUCUCGUCGAAGUACUCGCAUAGUAAUUUGGCAGGCGCGUCUGAAGGGUCCUUCAAUUUUUAAAGGACCCAUAGCAUCUACCAUAUUAUGCGUCAAGCGAAAUGGUACUCGUUCAGGCCAGUCAAAACUUUCACCCUAAAAAUUAUAGGUAUGCAGUGUCGUAAUUAGAACAAAUAGUUAACAAGAAACAAUAAUUACAUAUUUUCAUGAUAUAUGUACGCACGCGCACGCGCAUUUUUCAACAAAUAAUUUGUAAGUACAAAAUUUACCCUAUUAAACAAACAAUUGAAAUCGACAUGUACGCAAUCUCCACAUGUAGAAUCAAAUAAUAUAUUUUCUCCAUGGCGAUCACCGAGUCCAAGUAUAUAUCCCACCAUGGACAUGACAGCAGUUGUCCUAAUGUAUGCCGUGCGAGCUUCGUACCUUUUAAAAAUUAGUUCAAUUCUAUUAGUGGGCAUUAAUUAAUUAAUUUGUUAAUUAAAAUAAGACUAGAAAUAAAAAAAUAUAUAAUUAUGAUUAAUGUAAUCAAUUAAUAAAAUCGUUUAAUGACCUCCUGCUAUCAAUCUACAAGUUUAAAAAUUCCGUCCUUGAAGGCACUGGAAAUAAAGAAACGCUCCAAUUCUCUUUGGACUUUGUCCACUGAAUCAAAUUUUUGUAUAUAUUGAUGAUUAAAAUAAAAGCGCUUAUUAUAAAAUAA